GGGCGGGGAGCUACUCGCGCGAUGCGCCGUCUCUGUCUGGCGCGCGUAUCGAUCCGGCCCGCCCCUUUCGCUGCAGCGCCCCUCCCCCGCGGCGCAGGGCGCAGGGCGCAGGGCGGCAGCGCGCCCUCGCACACGGCAGCGGGCGCCCGCGCCGCUCACACCCGCCGCCAUCUUCCACCUCCGCUGCCCGCCCGCCCGGGUUGCCCAAUCAGCCGAGGGCCGCCGCGCGGGCACGUGCGCGUCGCUUGCGAGACGUCCCGCGCUCCCGCCAUGCUCUUCUCUGGAGAUUCCUGGUUAAGGGCUUGUCGAAGACGUCCUUGGCAGGAGACAGCUUCGCGUUUCCCGAUAAGGAAUGACUGCGAGCGAAAGAGUUGCGGGAACCUCCUGCCGGCGGGCGACCCGAAGGGGUACGAGGGCUUUUAGUGAAGCGCGUGGACUGCGUCGGUUGUGAAAGGUGAUAUAGUUCGGGAAUGCGAUAGCCACGUAAUUCGGCGGUAGUGGUUUUUUUUGGAGUGUUAGUUGUGGGAAGGCGCGUAUGACCACCCGGCGAUCGCGGCUGGUAGACUCACUUCGUGAUGCUUGAUCAGCUCAGACUGCGGCCGCCCAUGGCUUCGGACACAGCGUCGCCCGCGCCCGCGCCCGCGCCGCCGCCCACGGGCGAGGAGCAGCUGGAGGCCCUAGCGGACGUGCCCCAGCAGCCGCCGCCCACGGACGAGGCCCCGCUGCCGUGGACCGCGCGCACCAUGCGCUGGGACAACAUCGUCAUCGUCGUCGUCAUGCACGUGUGGGUGCUGCACUCCGUGACGGUGAUGCCGCGCGCACGCUGGCAGACGUGGCUCUGGCUGCUGUUCCUGUGGACGUGGGUGGGCUUCGGCGUGCUGGGCGGCGCCCAUCGCCUCUGGUCGCACCGCUCCUACAAAGCGGUCCUCCCCCUGCGCGUCUUCCUCAUGAUGGGGAACAGCAUGGCUGGCAUGUACUGCAUUUGGGACUGGGUGAGGGAUCACCGCGUUCACCACAGGUACACCGAUACGGACGGUGACCCACACAACUCCAAGCGCGGGUUCUUCUUCUCGCACAUUGGCUGGAUCAUGGUGCCCCCUCACCCGCUGGUGAUUCGCGCCCGAAAGGAGGUGAACAUGAGUGACAUCGACAACGACCCAGUCUGCGCCUUUGAGAAGAAGUUCCAUAUGCCCCUCGUGUACCUGCUGUGCUUCGCCAUGCCGAUCCUCGUACCCAUCUUCAUGUGGGACGAGUCGUGGUCGGUGGGAAUUGCUGUGGGCAUGGUGCGAUGGGUGUUUGAAGUCAACGCGAUAUUGAGCAUCAACAGCUUUGCUCACAUGUUCGGCGGACGUCCUUUCAACAAGACCAUCUUACCGGCCGAGAACAAGUGGGUGUCUAUUGUGAGUUUAGGCGAAGGCUGGCACAACUACCACCACGUAUUCCCCUGGGACUACCGGGCCUCGGAGUACGGCUUCCUUAACACGACGAUGCACCUUAUCGGGCUGUGUCAGCGCUUGGGCUGGGCGUACGACCUGAAGACGGCGCCGUCGUCUCUGGUGCGGCGGGUGGCGACGCGCUAUGGCGACGGCUCGCACCCGGACCGGGCUGCGUACGUGCCCGAGGUGCCGGAGGCGGCCGCCGAGGACCCGUCCUUGGUGGAGGCACUGCUCACACCACCACCACCACCACCCAACACCACCGCACCGGCCACCAACCAAGCGGAGGCGAAGAAGGACGCGUAG